ACACACCCAUGGUGUUUAGAUAUCAGUCUCCACAAACUCCCUCCCCUUCUCUGUCCAUACUUUCCCUUUCAGGCACUAUAGAAGGUGGGGCAUGGAUAAUCCACCUGCUCCUCAACAGGUGUUUCCUAAAGUUUGCAGAGGUACUUCAUGAGUCACUGCCAACUGUUGUCUCUAAUACUGAUGUGACACCCAUAGCUCACUCGUAUGCAGCUGGGAGCAUGAUGGGAUCAUACUGGAGUGCUCACGAGUGUGAAGAAUGCCCAUGCAGUUCCCUCUCUGUAAAAAUCAUAAGGAUGAGAAAUCUGAGAAAGGCAGAUCUGUUUAGUCAAGCUGAUUGCUAUGUAAGCCUGUCAUUGCCCACUGCUUCCUCUGAUACUGUCCGGACCAGAACCAUCAAGAACUGCAGAGAUCCAGUGUGGAAUGAAAUAUUUUGCUUCAGGAUCCAAAGCCAAGUAAAACAUUGUGAAACUCUAAAGGAUAAGAUUUCUGCUGCAACUGGAAAGACAUGGUCCAACAAAGCCUAUAACUUGUGA